GGCGUGGGGAGCAUUGGCCUCUCAGCCUGCAAGACUGCCCCCUGCUCCGGCGUCGAUCCGCGCGGCUCCUGAGGCUUCAGCGGGGUGUGGCUUUCGGCCCGAGUUCUCACCGGUCCCUUCAUUUCCCACCCCGCGGCUGCAGCUUUCUGCUGUCCGGGCCGUCACCCAACUUCCAUCUCCCCACUCUGAACCGGCUGCCCCAGUAUCGGUUCCCCGGCCCGCUGUCCUCUGCCCUUCGUGCUCCGCGAAGUGUCUCUGUCUCUGAUCCUCGGCCCCAUGGCGCUGCAGGCGCUGCAGAGCUCGGGGGUGGCCUUCCGCAAGAUCCUGUCUCACUUCCCCGAGGAGCUGAGCCUGGCUUUCGCCUACGGCUCCGGGGUGUACCGCCAGGUGGGGCCCAGUUCAGACCAGAAGAAUGCCAUGCUAGACUUUGUUUUCACAGUAGAUGACCCUGUCACAUGGCACUCAAAGAACCUGAAAAAAAAUUGGAACCAUUACUCUUUCCUAAAAGUUUUGGGACCCAAGAUUAUCACCACUAUCCAGAAUAACUAUGGUGCUGGAGUCUACUAUAAUCCAUUGAUCAUGUGUGAUGGUAGGCUUAUCAAAUACGGGGUCAUUAGCACUAACAGUUUGAUUGAAGAUCUUCUCAACUGGAAUAACUUGUAUGUUGCUGGACGACUCCAAAAACCGGUAAAAAUCAUAGCAAUGAAUGAGAAUGUUGCUCUUAGGUCAGCCCUUGAUAAAAAUCUGAAGAGUGCUGUGACCACAGCCUUCCUCAUGCUCCCUGAAAGCUUUUCUGAAGAAGACCUCUUUAUAGAGAUUGCUGGACUCUCUUAUUCAGGUGACUUUCGGAUGGUGGUUGGAGAGGAUAAGACAAAAGUGUUGAAUAUUGUGAAGCCCAACAUAGCCCACUUUCGUGAGCUCUAUGGCAACAUACUACAGGAGAAUCCCCAAGUGGUGUAUAAGAUCCAGCACGGCAGAUUGGAGAUAGAUAAAAGCCCAGAAGGACAAUUCACUCAGCUAAUGACAUUGCCCAAAACCUUACAGCAACAAAUUAAUCAUAUUAUGGACCCUCCUGGAAAGAACAGAGAUGUGGAAGAAACUUUAUUGCAAGUUGCUCAUGAUCCUGACUGUGGAGAAGUGGUGCGACUAGGGCUUUCAGCAAUUGUGAGACCUUCUAGUAUGAAACAGAGCACCAAAGGCAUUUUCACUGCUGGUGUGAAGAAAACAGUGGUUUAUAGUUCACUAAAGCUGCACAAAAUGUGGAAAGGAUGGCUAAGGAAAACAUCCUGAUUUUGCUUGCUUUUAUAUGUGUUACGUAUAGAUUAAUAAAAUGAUCCUUUUUCACAGCA